AUGGACAUCACUCUCAUCCUCAAUGCCGUCAAGAUAGAGACUGGCACUUUUCCGGAGCAUGGAACAAAGCUCCACGAAGACACACUUCAUUUUGCUCAUGAGAUCAUCAAGGGAUCUCAGUACAGCAAUGAUAUUGCUCGCUGGCACUGGGCCAUCAUCGAGAAGGUUAAGCCUUACUCCAAUCCCUUGAGAGGGUCACCCAAGGCCAGGGCCCUCGAGAGGAAUGCAAUUAACCUCGUCGAAGCAGUUUAUAUCGAAUACUACCUAGGUAACAAUGGUAGUAGCAAGAAACGUACCAUCGACGAGGUCGAGAAACCAGAGGAGAAGGGUAAGGACGGCUCCACGAAGAAGCGUCGUGCUAAGGUACCUUCGGUCAAGGAAAUGGCCGAAACCGGUUUGAGCUUUAAGCUCGAUUGGAACAGCACGGACGAGAACGUCACCGUGUUCAGGGGCCCGCAAAAGGAUGUGGCCGUGGCCGAAAGCAAAGAGCACCCUCCCGUUCUAAAGAAUGGAGGGGCUCAGGAGGAUGAAAAGAAGAAUGGAGAUGAAGACGAGGGUUUUGAUAAGAAAGAAAACCAGCGUCCCGUCAGUUCUCCUCAUAGCCUCCGCAAGAAGCUUCUAAAGAAGCUCAUAUCGACUGCCAAAGCUGCCUAG